UCACCUCUCUCUCUCUCUCUCUCUCUCUCUCAGAAGAAUCACUUUCUCCACCUCUCUUUCCAAGUACCCACAUUCUGCUUUACUCUUCUCCACCACUCUCGCUCUCUCUCUCUCUCUCAAGCUCGCCGCCGCUCUCUCUCUCUCUCUCUCUCUCUCUCUCGUUCACUGUCUAGCCAUGGCUGUCAACAAAGAAUCUGUUCCUCCACCAGUGAUCGGCAAGAUUGGACCCUACACAGUGUUCAUGACCCCGCCCUCCACUCCCAAGCCAACCGAGUCCGCACCCCCGGUCUUUGAACCGCCGAAGAAGGUGGCGCCACCGCCGGUCCAGCCGCCGCCGCAGCAAUUUGAGAAGCCUGGGCAAAAUGGGUCCUUUCUUGGGUUCUUCAAGAAUGCUGUCGACAGAGUGCAAGAUGCUCACUCGAGCUUGGAUGACCAUGUGGCGCGUUGGUUUGGUUUGAAUCAAUCGAAGUAUCAGUGGGCAUUGGACGAUUACUAUGAAAACAAAGGAUUGGAAAAGGACGGUAUCAAAACUAAAGAAUUUUCAAGCAAACAACAGAAUGUGUAAUGUACUCGAACAGGUCAAGUUCAUUUAGCUUUUCAUCUUGUUUGAAUUGCUUAUAACAUCACAGUUUGGCUCUUGGUUUUGUGUGAAAGCCCUCGUGGCUUCUCUGUUCUCAUGCGGAAACCGUGUCAAGUUUAGCGGUGUUUGAACUCUUAUUAAGAGCCUGUUGCUGAUUCAGAAUGUGGGAUCUUGGGACCUUUGUUUGGGCAAGGCACCACUCUACUCCUUACCGCCACAAUCUUCUAGUUGUGAUAUAGGUUGAGGUCCUGUCAUUUCAUCCGAAGGCAACUUUUCCAUCGAGAUAUAUCUAUGGUAGUCAAAUCUAGUUCUGUUCAAAUUCUGAAGAGAUUGGAGUAUGUGGACUCUUGUUAGUAAAUUCUGGUGUUAUGUAUAAGAAUGUGAAAAGGUGGAAAGUCCACACUAAUAUCCCCAAGAAGUUCUUCAUUUGUUGCUUCUCAGUAGGAACAUCUGCAGGACUAUUUCUCCUGCGAUGUCCCUCUGUUUCGCCUGCUAUUAUUAUUAGAUAUUCCUUUCUUGUGGACUCACAGUGAA